GUCACCACUGUGGACGCCGGCCAGGCAGGCAAGCACUUCAGUAGCCGAUACGACCGACUGGAAUCAUCUCACCUUCCUCUGUCAACAACAACUCCCCUCCGUCCCACCCAUGUCGCGGCCGACAACCCCAGGAGGGUUCAACCUCCGCAGGACACCCUUGCCUAUGGCAUCGGGCGGUCGCGCGAGCGGAGAGAGCUCGAGAGCGUCGACCCCCCUCGCUGCUCCCAACAGGGUCAUCUCGCUCGAGGAGUGGGAGUCGAGGGCGCCACUCUCAGACGACCAGGUGCAGAGCAUUGCCAGCGUCAAGGAGCGGUUCGGCGAGCGACCCAUUCCUGAAAAGUUCUUCACCGAGUCUUCGUCGGCAGUGGCAGGCAGCUCGCGGCCAGAAACGCCGACACGCAACAAGCAUCUCGGCAACGUGCACUCGCGCUCCGGCUCGGCCAACGCUGUCCCCUCGCUGCCUUCCUCGCCUGGCCCGGGGCCAUCGGGCCUCGGGCGCGCCGACCCGCUGCACCCUUCCUCGAUCAUCACCCCGCAGCAGUUCCACGAGCACUUCGCCGCGCUCACCCUCAGCGCUGAGCACGAGCAGGACAGCCUGUACCGCGAGCACUUGACUGAGAUCUCGGGGCUCAGGGACAAGUGCGACGGCCUGAUCCAGCUGCUUGAAGACGGCGAGGGCGAGGUCGGCGACAUGCUCAAGGCGCUCGAGUAUGUCGAGGAGAGGAGCGAGAGCCUGCGUGGAGCUUGCGAGGACUUGCUCGAAGAGCAGACCCAUCUCCUUACCCAUACGUCGCAGCUUGCCCACAGGCUCAGCUACUUUACUUUCCUCGAGACUGCCCAGCGCAUGCUCAACAACCCAGGCAACGACCUCGUUCUCAGCCCCGACUUCCUGCCCAUGGUCAGCCGCCUCGACGAGUGCAUCAGUUACCUCGGGGAGCAUCGCGACUUCAAGGACGCCGAGCUCUACCUCAUCCGCUACCAGCAGUGUAUGACCCGCAGCAUGCAGCUCAUCCGCCUCCACUUUGUCGGCACGAUCAAGGCGCUCGGCAUGGACAUUGGAAGGAGGCUUCUGGACAAGGGUCUCUCCGAGACGACCACCCGUGGCUUGCUCUACACCCGUUUCACGUCCCUGUCAGCCUCGCUGCGACCUCUCCUGUCUGAGCUGGAGCAGCGCGUCACGACCAACAAGGACGAUCUGCCCCAGAUCUUGGCCGAUUGCCACGCCGCAUUUGUGACCACCAGGCAGGCUCUGAUGAGUCCCCGUGUGGCAGAGGAGAUUGCCCAGCUCGAUCCCGCGAGGAGUGAGCUCGUCGACCUCACCAGAUCGGGCUGUUACUACCUCAAGCAGACAUGUCUGGACGAGUUCACCUUGUUCAAGCAGUUCUUCUUGUCGGGCGAGGCUCAGCUAUAUGGCUACCUCGAGAGCCUGUGCGACCACCUCUACGACCACAUCCGCCCUCGCAUUCUCCACGAGCCAUCACUUACUGUUCUCCAAGAAGUCUGCACCGUGCUGCAAGGCCUCAUGGUGCCCGACUUCUCCGAUGACGAGGACCCCGACGAGGCCAUUGUCCUGUCGCCUGACUCGGGGCCAUUCGAGUCAUCACCACUCGCCGAUCGGGAGGACUACUUCGGGCCAUACUCGCCCAGUGCCACGAUCAGGAGUCUGCACCGCAACAGCUCGCUAUCGUUGGUAGCAAAGAACACCCCAACACUCCCCAAGAAGCGAAGAAAGCCAUUGGCACGCUUGCAUACCGAGUACCUCCUCAAGAUGGUUCUGCAGGACGCGCAGGCACGAUUGGUAUUCCGUGCUCAGGCGCUCAUCCAGGCCGACGUGCAGUACUACUCGCCCAAGCCGGCAGACUUGGACUACCCAGACAAGCUCAAGUCGACUGCCCCCGGACCUCUCGUCCGACGAGAAGUCGCCAUCUCCCUCGAUGUCGAGGACGACGAUGAACCCGCCUUCCUGUCUCUUCCACCACCAGACUCACAGGAGACGUGGUACCCCACAUUGCGCGUUACUCUCUGGGUCCUCUCGUGUCUCUACACGUACAUUGACGGUACGGUCUUCGCCGACCUCGCACAAGAAGCCGUUGGCACCUGCCGCAAGUCACUUUCCACCGCGUCGGACCAAAUUGGCGCGAAGAAGGACCACGCAGUAGACGGCAAGCUAUUCCUCGUGCGCCAUCUCCUCAUUCUCAAGGAGAUGACCGCCGGCCUUGACCUGGGACGUGCCAGCAAGCAGUAUGAGUGGGCGGGUGUGACCGACUUCCUUCGUGCAUUGUUGGAGAACGCCACCUCGUUCCUCGGCUACGGACGAUCUCAGCCUGCUCGUGGCGAGUUUGCGCCUGACGCCAAGGUCGACCUCGACCGCGAGCUCAAACGCGCAUGCGAGGACCUGAUCAGCCAGUGUACAACUGCAGCCACGGCGCCACUGCGUGCCUUCCUCGACCGCUGUAACGCGUACGCAGCUGCCAAGGGUGGCAACUCAGCCGACCUUGCCAAGCAGGACUGGGCGACCCCUCGCGCUGUGACCGAGGUGCACGACGAGUUCCGCAAGACAGCCGAACAGGAGCUUGCACGUUGGCGCAGCGAGCUUAUGCUUUACCUCCAGGACGAGGAGACCGUUCGGGUUCUCAUCCCGCCUGCCCAGGGAAGCAUUGUCGACGUCUACAGGCAGUUCCACGACCUCAUCCGCAGCGAGUACGACUUUGGGACCGCCGCCGCUCUGAGCACGCCGUCGGCAAUCGCCAACCAGCUCGAGGGCGCCUUGCGCGCGUGA